GCAUUUUUAAUCUGUUGGAUUCCAUAUUUUUGCAUAGCAGUUUAUCGUGGUAUUUGCAUUGGUCUCAAUAUCAAAUUCAACAAAGACUUCCACGUGAACUUAUUUAUGGUCACAUCAUGGCUUGGCUACGCGCAUUCUUGUUUCAAUCCUCUCUAUGAUAUUCUCGAGAUUAAAGCAUUAUUACGUGCAAAUAAUUUGAUGGAACUAAACGGUCAGAGGUUAGUUCCCGAAAGUUUUGCAUUGGCCAAUGAAAGCUUUACUGGAUUUCGGUUUAUAAAUGGGCAAGGUCGCUCCACGACAAAUCCGCAUACAAUAUAUCCAUCCUAUAGAAUGAGAAACAUUGACUGCAAGAAGUUCCGUUCUAUUCCUUGACG